AGUGUGAAGGAAAACAGAAGAAAGCAAUAAGCAGAGCUGCGGAGUGCUUAAAUUAAGUUAAACCCUACACAGUGAAGAGGCGGCGAAGCGAAGGGUUUUGGGGAAGAAGAGGAUGAAGAACUUGAAGCUCUUCUGGGAGGUUCCGUUGGGGCUUCCCUUCCAUUCCGAGAAUGAAACCUUACGAUUUAGCGCCUUAGACAUUGAACGCAACCGCCUCUUCUUCCUCUCUUCUCUCAAUUUCAUUUACACUUCCAAUCUCUCUUCUUUCCACGAAAAAGGUGCUUGGAGCCGUAAAACCUCAUUGCCUGCUGAUGUCGGCGCCGUCGAUCUGGAACCCGGCGAUUCCGUCACUUCCUUCGAUUACCUUAUGGAGAAAGAAGCGCUUCUUCUCGGAACUUCCAACGGCCUAUUGUUGCUUCACAAUGUCGACGACGCUCACUCAACGGAUGUCGUUGGCAAGGUUGACGGCGCUGUCAACUCCGUUUCCCUUAGCCCUGACGGAGAACUCAUCGCCGUAACCACAUCUUUUGCGCAACUUCUCGUGAUGACGCACGAUUGGGAUUUGUUGUACGAAACUCCGCUUCACGAUCCUCCCGAAGAAGGCUAUCACGUAAGUGAAGAUAACUUUAUUCCUAUAUCUUGGCGAGGAGAUGGAAAGUACUUUGCUACAAUGAGUGGUGUGAGCGGUAGUGAUCCGUUGCUUAAGAAACUUACCGUUUGGGAACGCGAUUCCGGGGAGUUGCUGGCUUCUUCGGAGCUGAAAGCUUUUGCCGGAGCGGUUUUGGAGUGGAUGCCCAGUGGUGCUAAAAUUGCGACUGUUUGUGAGGGGAAAGAUGAGAACGAUUGUCCCUCUGUUGUUUUCUUUGAGAGAAAUGGGUUAGAAAGAAGUAAAUUUAGUGUCAAUGAAGGGAUUGAUGCAAAGGUUAAAUCUCUGAAGUGGAAUUGCAGUUCUGAUCUUCUUGCGGGGGUUGUUGAAUGUGAAAAUUAUGAUGCUAUAAAGAUAUGGUAUUUUAGCAACAACCACUGGUAUUUGAAGCAUGAAAUUAGAUACUUGAAGCAAGAUGAAGUCAGCUUCAUUUGGAAUCCGACAAAGCCUCUGCAACUUAUUUAUUGGACUCUUGGUGGUCAGAUCACAGUUUCCAACUUUGUCUGGAUCACGGCUGUUAUGGAGAAUUCUAUUGCACUAGUCAUUGAUGGUGCCAAUAUUCGUGUAACCCCGCUUUCCUUAUCCUUAAUGCCGCCUCCUAUGUAUUUAUUUAGUCUGAAAUUUUCUUCUCAUGUCCGGGGUAUGGCAGUAUAUUGCAAAAAUUCUAAGAACCAGUUAGCUGCAUUUCUUUCAGAUGGGAGUUUAUGUGUUGUAGAGCUCCCGUCAAUUGAAACCUGGGAAGAGCUAGAGGGGAAAGAAUUUAGGGUUGAAGCCUCUCAUACUGAAAUGGCAACUGGAUCCAUUUUACAUCUUUUAUGGUUGGAUUCCCGUUCGCUAUUAGCUGUUUCUCAUUAUGGUUUCAGUCACAGUAAUUUUUUGUUUCAAACCUCACCGAGUGAGGGUGAACUUCGAGGCUUCUACUUGCAAGAAAUUGAAUUGGAAUGUUCUGAGGACCUUGUCCCAGAGUUACUGACAUGCUCGGGCUGGCAUGCUACAGUUUCAAAGCGAAAUACCCUUGAGGAGCUGGUUAUUAGCCUCGCUCCAAAUCCUGCUAGUAAAUAUUCUGCAUAUAUGCAGUUUUCUGGGGGGAAAAUCCAAGAGUAUGUAUCAAAAAUUGGGAUUAAUAGAGGAUCUCUAGAACAGGAACGUCAUGAUUUUUCAGCAACUUGUGCCCAGAUGAGUGUAGUUCUAGUUGACAGUGCUGGUCUAUCAAAACCCGUGCUUUUCGGACUGGAUGAGAUUGGCAGACUGCAUGUUAAUGGGCAAAUAGUUUGCAACAACUGCAGCAGUUUCUCAUUUUACUCAAAUUUGGCAGACCAAGUGAUUACACAUCUUAUUCUUGCAACUAAACAAGAUUUGCUUUUUAUUGUUGACAUUGUUGAUAUAUUUAAUGGUGAGUUAGACUCAAAGUAUGUGAACUUUGUCCACGUUAACAGCAGGAAAAAAGAAGAAAAUGAAAUCUACAUAAAUAUAUGGGAGAGAGGUGCAAAAAUUGCUGGGGUUUUACAUGGAGAUGAAGCUGCCAUUAUACUACAAACUGCUCGGGGAAACCUGGAAUGUAUAUACCCGAGAAAGUUGGUUUUGGUUUCUAUCAUUAAUGCCUUGGUUCAAAAACGCUUUAAAGAUGCAUUACUUAUGGUUAGGAGGCAUAGGAUAGAUUUCAAUGUAAUUGUUGAUUACUGUGGUUGGCAAGCAUUUUCACAAUUGGCUGCUGAAUUUGUCAGGCAAGUUAAUAAUCUGGGUUACAUAACAGAGUUUGUUUGUUCUGUAAAGAAUGAAAAUAUUAUAGAGAAACUCUACAAAAAUUAUGUGUCUGUCCCCCCUCCAAAGGUUGGUAUGCAUGCUGGAGCCUUCCAGAAUUAUCCUGCUGGUAACAAAGUUUCUUCCAUUCUGAUGGCUGUAAGAAAAGCACUUGAGGAUCACAUCACAGAAAGUCCUGCUAGGGAGCUUUGCAUUUUGACCACUCUAGCUCAGAGUGAUCCUCCAUUACUUGAAGAUGCUCUAAAGAGAAUAAAAGUUAUUCGUGAAAAGGAAUUGUCUCAUGCAGAUGACCAGAGGGGAACGUCUUACCCUUCUGCUGAAGAAGCUUUGAAGCAUCUUUUGUGGUUAGCGGAUUCUGAUGCUGUCUAUGAUGCUGCUUUGGGUCUUUAUGAUUUAAAUCUUGCAGCUAUUGUGGCAUUGAAUGCUCAGAAAGAUCCAAAAGAAUUUCUUCCAUUCUUGCAGGAAUUGGAGCGUAUGCCUGCUCCAUUAAUGCAAUAUAAUAUUGAUCUUAGGCUGAAAAGGUUUGAGCAAGCUCUCAGACACAUAUCUUCAGCUGGAGAUUCUUAUUAUGAUGAUUGUAUGACACUUGUGAAGAAAAACCCUCAACUGUUUCCAUUGGCUCUUCAAAUUUUUACUGACCCUACCAAGCGGAUGCCAUUCCUUGAGGCAUGGGGGGAUUAUCUUAGUGAUGAAAAAUGCUUUGAAGAUGCUGCAACAAUGUACUUGUCCUGUUUCAAUCUUGAUAAGGCUCUGAAGUCUUAUCGUGCUUUUAAUUGCUGGAGUGGGGUGCUUACAGUUGCUGGGUUCCUUAAUCUGGGAAAGGAUGAGAUACUGCUUCUCGCCAGUGAGCUGUGUGAGGAACUUCAAGUGCUUGGUAAACCUGGGGAGGCUGCCAAAAUUGCCCUGGAAUACUGCAGAGAUGUUAACACUGGUGUGAAUUUGUUGAUUUCUGCAAGGGACUGGGAGGAGGCUUUGAGGGUUGUUUUUAUGCAUAGAAGAGAGGACUUAAUUACAGCAGUGAAGAAUGCAUCAUUGGAAUGUGCAACCACACUUAGCAGUGAAUAUGAGGAAGGCUUAGAGAAAGUGGGCAAGUACUUGGCCCGUUACUUGGCUGUUCGACAAAGAAGACUACUUCUUGCUGCAAAGCUCCAGUCAGAGGAACGUGCAGCAAGUGAUCUUGACGACGAUACCGCUUCAGAAGCUAGCAGUAAUUUUAGCGGAAUGAGCGCAUACACCACAGGGACCAGAAAAAGUUCUGCUGCUUCUAUUAGCUCAUCUGCAACGAGCAAGGCAAGAGACGCUAGGCGGCAAAGGAAAAGAGGAAAAAUCCGUCCUGGGAGUCCCGAUGAGGAGAUGGCCUUAGUGGAGCAUUUGAAAGGCAUGUCCCUGACAGUGGAAGCUAGACGUGAGGUUAAAUCUUUGUUGGUUUCCCUUGUGAUGUUUGGUGAGGGUGAAACAGCUAGAAAGCUACAGCAAAUGGGGGAAAACUUUCAACUGUCUCAGAUGGCAGCAGUUAGAUUAGCUGAAGAUACAAUAUCUAAUGAUAUCAUAAAUGAGUAUGAACAUACGUUGGAGCAAUAUACCCGAAAAGUAAGGAUUGAAAUGCACAAUUCAGAGGCUUUCUGUUGGCGGAUUAAAGUAUUUCAAUCGUACGAGUGAAUGUUGCAAAUUGACAUAGAAGUAUCUAAUUUCCAACUUUAUCUCGGAUGUCCCUGCAUGCAGUUUGAUGCUGAUGGCAUCUUUCCUUUAGGGCUUGUCCGUUCAGAACUAUUAAUGUACAAAUACUCUGAAUUGAUUGUGCUACACUGAACAUCUACAUUAACAAUGAAAGUUGGUUAGUUCCCGAGAUGUGUGGAUUGACUAUAUGGAUCAUUUAACGGGAUAAUUUAUGGUUGUGACCAAAUGGUUCUCAAAUUCGAAUAAUUUGUGACAUUCUGCCCUUCCAACUUUAGACUUCAUGCUUCGUUUAUAAAUU